CUUCUUUUUUCACUCCUAAUAAAAACCACACCUUUGACAAUCCUUAACCUUCACUUUCAUUUUUUCUCUCUCCCUUUUUUUUUUUGCCCUAUCUCAUAGGGUUCUCUCCCUCUCCCUCUCUUUUUUUUUUUCUCUCUCAAGAGUUCUUCUUCUUUUUCCCUCUUCUUUGAGGUUUCUUUUGUUAACAACUCUUCAGAUUUUACCUUGUGUUGUUUUUUGAGCUAUACCCAUGUCUAAAGUUCUCAGCUUUACCGGAGGUGAUGAUUUUUGUACUGGAAGGUCGAUGUACCUUAACCCGAAGGAGGCGAGUCUCUUCUUGUCUCUUGGCCGUCAAGAAUAUGCUUACAGACCUCUUCAAAAGAGAUCUCGCUUCAAUGUUCCAUUUGAUUUCAGUGGAGAAAAAUGGUUUGAUCUGAAGCCAGAGACAUCUAUUGAAACAUUGCCUGAUGAAUGCCUCUUUGAGAUCCUUAGAAGGUUGCCUGAAGGACAAGAUAGGAGUUUAUGUGCUUCUGUAUCCAAGCGCUGGCUUACGCUUCUAAGCAGUAUUUCCAAGAAUGAAAUCUGCAGCAACGCAAGUUCUGGAAACAAGGACAGUGACAAUCAAGAAUUUGGUGAUGAAGGCUAUCUUUCUCGAAGCUUAGAGGGGAAAAAGGCAACAGAUGUUAGACUAGCUGCCAUUGCUGUUGGCACACAAUCUCGAGGAGGAUUAGGGAAGCUUUCAAUUCAUGGAAGUAAUCCAGAUCGUGCCUUGACUGAUGUAGGUCUCAAGGCAGUUGCUCAUGGCUGCCCUUCUCUGAAGUCUUUCACUCUUUGGGAUGUUGCUACCAUUAGCGACGCAGGCUUGAUCGAGAUUGCUAAUGGUUGUCAUCAGAUAGAGAAUCUUGACCUAUGCAAGUUGCCAACAAUUUCUGACAAGGCUUUGAUUGCAGUUGCAAAGCACUGUCCGAAUCUGACUGAGUUAUCGAUAGAGUCAUGUCCUAGCAUCGGUAAUGAAGGUCUACAUGCUAUUGGAAAGUUGUGUCCAAAUCUAAGGUCCGUAUCAAUUAAAAACUGUCCUGGAGUUCGUGAUCAGGGAAUUGCUGGCCUUUUAUGUUCAGCAUCCAUUAUUCUAAAAAAGCUGACACUUGAAUCGCUAGCUGUUUCUGAUUACUCACUAGCAGUUAUUGGACAAUAUGGCUUUGUAGUUACUGAUCUUGUCCUAAAUUUCCUUCCAAAUGUAACCGAGAAAGGAUUCUGGGUGAUGGGUAAUGGCCAUGCACUGCAGCAACUAACGUCGCUCACAAUUGGGCUGUGCCCUGGAGUAACAGAUAUCGGGCUUCAUGCUGUAGGAAAGGGUUGUCCAAAUGUGAAAAACUUUCAGCUUCGUAGGUGUUCAUUUCUGUCAGACAAUGGGCUGGUAUCGUUCACCAAGGCUGCUCCAUCAAUUGUGAGCCUACAAUUGGAAGAGUGCCAUAGGAUUACCCAAUUUGGGGUUGCCGGUGCCAUUUUAAACCGUGGUACAAAAUUGAAGGUUCUUACUCUGGUAAGCUGCUACGGGAUCAAAGAUCUGAAUCUCAAUUUGCCAGCAGUACCUCCAUGUCAGACAAUUUCGUCAUUAUCAAUCCGUAACUGCCCUGGAGUUGGUAAUUUUACUCUCAACGUCCUUGGGAAGCUCUGUCCUACGCUUCAGUGUCUUGAAUUGAUUGGACUUGAGGGAAUAACAGACCCAGGGUUUAUUUCACUGCUUCAGAGGUCUAAGGCCAGUUUGGGUAAUGUUAAUCUAAGUGGUUGCAUCAAUCUGACAGAUGUAGGAGUUUUGUCCAUGGUCAAGUUGCAUUGUUCGACUCUUGGAGUGCUAAACCUUAAUGGUUGUAAAAAGGUCGGGGAUGCUUCCUUGACAGCAAUUGCAGACAAUUGCAUUGUCUUGAGUGAUCUUGAUGUUUCCGAGUGUGCAAUCACCGAUGCAGGGAUUUCUGCCCUUACUCGUGGAGUCCUGUUCAAUCUGGAUGUACUUUCUUUGGCAGGUUGCUCAUUGGUUUCAAACAAGAGCUUGUCUGCUUUGAAAAAAUUGGGUGAUUCCCUCGAGGGAUUAAAUAUCAAAAAUUGCAAGUCGAUCAGCAGCCGCACAGUUAACAAGCUUGUGGAACAUCUCUGGAUGUGUGACAUCCUCUUCUGAGCAGGUAGCCUUGAUAUCUAUACCGCAAAGUCUGGGUAGCCCGAGCUCCAGAUUUUAUUAUCAGUGUUGGCGAGGUAGUGUUUUUGGGUCCAUCAGUUAUCGGUGGGUCUUGGUUGUCGCAGUACCCAGUUCUCUUUUUCCAGAGCAUACAGUUGUUCAAUCUUUAUUUUUGCAGGUUUCCUUAUAAUUGAAAGGAAAUCUGUUGAAAGAUUUUUUUGGCAUCCUGUUGACGGGAUGCUGCUUUUAGAAUGACUGAUUAUCUCUGAGAACAUAGUUACUGGGUCCUGAAUUUAGGUUUCUUUCUGGUGUUGGCACCUGAUGUUUUUUUGCUCCAUUUUGCAUCGGUUUUGCCACCAUGUUUCGUUGUUCCCGUGUUUUCACAGCAGUCUGUACCAAUGUUUGUCCAGAGUGGUUGGUGUUAACCCAAUUUUUCGCGUAUUUGAACUAUGUUCUGUACGCGAUGUUUGUGGUCGCAGUUUUAGUCAAGGGGCGUCUUGAAGUUCCAGCUUAUGUGAUUUUGUUAUCUUGGUUACUAUUGACAGUUCAGAGUUACUUGGGGCCUUUAGUCUUCUCUAGGGUUUUGGCUAUGACAGCAAGUCUGUCGCCACAAUCUUUUUCCAUUGGGAAGGAUUGUUUUUUCUACCAAGCCCUAGUUUUUUUAGGCUUCUUUUUUUUCUGAACUUGUCACACUAACCUCUAUCUUAUGUUAUGUAAUGAUACUGAUAUUUGCCCUUUGUACUGAAUAAUGGUAGUUAUAUUAUGAAAAUUAAUGAAUAAUGGUUUGUA